AUGUCGUCUGAAGACGUGUUCGAUCACUACACUGCCGCUGCUACCCCCUCGAGCAGGAAGAAGGAUAGCAAGAGGGUUCGCGGAGAAAGCAGCAAGACUUCUUCAAAGAAGGCCCGGACAGAGGUUCCUUCUGCAGCUGCUCCUUCGAGGGAAACCACGCCACCUCCCACAAAGGAAACAACGCCACCUACUUCUCCACUCGACCAGCCAUCUUCAACUGUAUCGGUCGGCCAGCACUCUACUCCUGCAGCGCCUACCGACCAGCCACACCACACUCAACCCGAAGACACUCUGGGCAGCACCGUGCGUCGCACAAGUACUUUGGCCACCCAGACCAAAGACUUUGACAUCAGGCAUACUGAGGCAGUGAAGGUGCUCGAGGGGAAAAAUGCUGACCUGCUCGAGAAAAACGCAGAACUGACCAAGCAGAAUGACGAACUGCUCGAGCAGAAAGCCCAGCUGACCGAAGAGCUACUGGAGUGUCGAGCUGCCCUAAACAAAUCUAAUGAAGAUAAAGAAAAAUUCAGGGAGAGUGCCAAACUCAACUUUCAAGAAGUUAAACAGCUUGGGCUCGAUCUGACUGCAAGAAAAAAGGAGACGGAGGAGCUGGAGGGGCGUGUUAAGGAGCUCGAAGAGACUAAUGCCAAAAACAUGGAGAAGUAUAGGGAAGCCACCCACCUUUGCUUCUACAAGUUUUGGAAGCAUAAUCAAAAGGCCGACUUCAGCUAA